AUGGUGGACGGUCCUGAGACGGCGGGGGACCGACCGGUGGUCUCACCGACCCAGGCCCUGAACGCGCGGAGGGGCUACCGCGUGUACAAGCGCCGUUGGGUCUUCCUGCUGGUUGUCAGCUUGCUCAGCUGUUCCAACGCCACGCUGUGGCUGAGCUUCGCACCCGUCGCCGACACGGUUGCCCAGUACUUCUCCCUGUCCAUCGAGCAGAUCAACUGGCUCUCGCUGACCUACCUGGUGGUGGCCAUCCCCUUCGGUGUGGUCGCCAUCUGGUUUCUGGACUCGGUUGGUCUCCGUGGCGCGACCAUCCUGGGGGCGUGGCUCAACUUCCUCGGGAGCGUGUUCCGCACUCUGCCCAGCAUAGCAGCUUUGAGUCGUUACCCGUUUGUCUACCUCAUGACGGGGCAGAGCCUGGGUGCCCUGGCCCAAACCCUGGUUGUCUUCUCUCCGGCCAAGCUGGCUGCCCUGUGGUUCCCUGAGCACCAGCGGGCCACCGCCAACAUGAUCGCCACCAUGUCAAACACCCUGGGCAUCCUCUUGGCCAAUGUGCUGUCACCUGCUCUGGUCAGGAAGCAGGAAGACGUCCCCUUGAUGCUCGGCAUCUAUGUGAUUCCUGCUGCAGUUGCCUGCCUACUGGCCACCACAUGCCUCUGGGAGAGUGUGCCGCCCACCGCUCCCUCAGCUGGAGCUGCCAACUCCACCUCAGAGAAGUUCCUUGAUGGCCUGAAGCUGCUUGUGCGGAACAAGGCUUACAUCAUCUUGGCAUUGUGCUUUGGGGCCGGCAUCGGAAUCUUCUCCAGCUUCUGCGCCCUCCUGGAGCAGAUCCUCUGUGUGCAGGGUUACUCCAAUGAUUUUGCAGGUCUUUGUGGGGCUCUCUUCAUCGUGUUUGGGUUCCUGGGGGCGCUGGGUCUAGGUCUGUAUGUGGACCGAACCAAGCACUUCACUGAGGCCACCAAGAUCGGCUUCUGUCUGACCUCCAUAGCCUGCGUGGCCUUUGCUCUGGUGUCCCAGCUGCAGGGACAGACCAUCUGGCUGGCUGUUGUCUGCUCCUUGUUCGGGUUCUUUGGUCUGUCCAUCGCGCCCGUUGCCAUGGAACUUGCAGUGGAGUGUUCCUUCCCUGUGGGCGAGGGCGCCGCCACUGGGCUGGUCUUUGUGCUGGGGCAGAUCGAAGGCGCUCUUGUCAUGGUGCUGCUGACUGCGCUGGCCACACCCCGUGUGGAUCCAUCCUUCUCCACCUGCCAGCAUGGGGAGGCCCCCCUGGACUGGACAGUGUCCCUGUUGCUGAUGGCCGGUCUGUGUACCACCUGCAGCUGCAUCUUUGUGAUCUUCUUCCACACCACAUAUCGGCGCAUGCAGGUCGAGGCCAACGCCUCCCCCUGCAUCCAGGAGGACCACGCCCCCACCUGGCAGCCACACCCUGAGCCCCCAGCUCUAGAGUGGAGCGUUUCCAGACAGCCUACCGAUCCUGCUGCCCUGGGGAGCCCUGACCCCACAGUCAAGUCCACAGGCGAAGGGAGCAGGGGAGUGGGGGCUGAUGACCUCUCAGAACCACGAGUGACCCAGGACCUUCCCUGA